AUAACUAAAAAAAAAAACAAAAGAUCAAAUCAUGUUGAUGAAUUUACUGUUACUGAUUCAAUUCCUAUCUUAUUUCACUGUCCAUGCAACUGAAAGUACCGAUGAAACAAUAACAACAGCGGAAAAUCACAAUGCCACUGAAACAAUCACACCAUCACUGAAAUCCAAACCAUUAAGUUUGGGUGGCGGUAAAAAUUUACCAUGUCUUCGAUUGUACAGUGGACCAAAUCAACUUGGUGAUUGGUUUGAUAUAUGUAGUAGUAAUGAACUAUUGUCAUCAGUGUAUGUUUGGCGACCAUUAUCAAUGUGUACAUCUGGGAAUAGAUAUUCUUUUAACAGGAAAAGAUAUUGGUUAUUAUAUGAAAAACAACAUUUCUUAGGUUCGUACAUACUAAUCGGUCCUGGUCAAUGUAUUAACAAUAUAAAUCAGUAUAAAUUAAAAGCGAUCACAUCAAUACUUACCUGUGUAGAAAGUAUACAAAACGAAGUGGAAGUCUAUGUCUCGUGUCAAUAUCCUAGAAGACCAUGGAGAGAAUUCUUUCAGAUAAGUGGAUAUCCUGACGACAAAACAAAUUCUAAAGAUAUCGAUGAGAUACAACAUAAAUCAGCUGAUGACGAGGAAGCAGCUAUUUCGAGUUUAUUGGAUAGUUUAGAUGAGUUGAUGAAAAACAGUAUGAAUAAUAAAUAAUCCCAAGUUUACAAGUUUUGCUUUCUUUUAAUUAAUUAACGAUAUUUGAAAUUGUUUUAUAUACAUUAUGAGAAGUUGAUAAUUUUUUUUUUGAUUUCAAUCUUUCACAUCAUAAUGUUUAUAACAGAUAACAAUUCAAUGUUCAUUUUUUUACUGGCCUAUAAUGUACUUUUAAAAUAGAGAAUGUUGAAAAAACUGAGUUUCAAUUCAUAACAAAUAAUUUAUUCGUUAAUCUAUUUUCUAGAAGUGUUUUUGUUGAAUUUCGAUUAAAUAAAUUUUAUUAAAAAGAACGUACAGUUUGUAUAUGAUUAAUAAAUUUGAUGAAAUUUUUU